AUGUCAGUCAAUUUAGAAGAAAAAGGAUCUAAAAUCAUAACCAACGAAAAAGAAGAUGUUCAUGAUCCUAAUUAUCAAGAUGAAGGUCAUCAUCAAGGAGAAGGAAACGUCAAGAGGAACCUAAAACAAAGGCAUAUCUCUAUGAUAGCUAUUGGUGGAACGAUCGGUACUGGUUUAUUUCUUGGUAGUGGUGAAGCUUUGAGUAAUGGAGGUCCAGUUGGUUUAAUUUUGGGCUAUGCUAUCAUGGGGGUCGUUGUUUAUAGUAUGAUGGUAGCAUUAGGUGAAAUGGUCACCAUGUUUCCAGUCAGUGGAGCUUUUACACAUUAUGCUACAAGAUUUGUCGAUCCAGCAUUAGGUUUUGCUGUCGGAUUCAACUACUGGUACUCGUUCGGGAUCACACUUCCUACUGAAAUUACUGCUGCUGCAAUAGUUGUUCAAUAUUGGACUUCUAGUGUCAAUGUCGCUGUUUGGAUUACAAUUUUCUUAAUCACAAUUUGUGCUAUCAACUUCUUUGGUGUGAGAUGGUACGGAGAAGCAGAGUUUUGGUUCUCUGCAAUCAAAGUCAUCGCGAUUGUCGGCUUAAUCAUCCUAGGAAUCGUCUUAGAUCUUGGUGGAGGACCGAAUCACGACCGUAUUGGGUUUAGAUAUUGGAAAAAUCCUGGUCCUUUUAAUCAGUUAAACGGCAUUCAAGGCAGUCUUGGUCGAUUUUUAUCCUUCUGGAGUGUCUUUGUUCAAGCAGCUUUCUCAUACCAAGGUACCGAGAUUGUUGCUUUGACAGCUGGUGAGGCCGCUAACCCACGUCAAACUGUUCCAAAAGCUAUCAACCGAGUCUUUUAUCGCAUCUUAAUGUUUUAUAUUGGUGGAGUCACUGUGAUUGGGCUUCUUGUACCAUAUAAUUCACCAGGACUUUUAGGUGGUACUGGAGAUGCAACUUCAUCUCCAUUUGUGAUUGCAAUCAACAACGCAGGAAUCAAAGUCUUACCUGAUAUCGUGAAUGCGAUUAUCUUGACUUCUGCUUAUUCAGCUGGAAACUCCGAUCUUUAUGCAGGAAGUCGUAUCUUAUAUGGAUUAUCAGUGGACAGAAUGGCUCCUAAAAUUUUCCGAAGAUGUACUAAAGGAGGAUUACCACUCUAUUCAUUAAUUAUUACCUCUCUCUUUGGGAUUUUGUCUUAUAUGAAUGUCAAUAGCUCGGGUAGUACAAUCUUUGAUUGGUUAUCAAAUAUCUCUUCUAUCACUGGUCUGAUCACUUGGUGGACAAUUUUCUUGUCUUAUUUGAGGUUUCAUAAAGGUUUAGCUUAUAAGGGAAUUGAUCGGGAUACGUUACAUUACAAAGCACCUUUUCAACCUUAUCUUUCUUAUUUCGGUAUCACCAUGAUUUCUAUCAUCAUUAUCUUUAAUGGAUUCAAAGUCUUCUUGGCAGGAUCUUGGUCACCUUCGAAAUUCAUUGCAGCAUACAUUUCAUUGCCGAUUUUCGUUGUCUUUUUUGUUGUUUGGAAAACAGUAAAAGGUACCAAAUUAGUUAAAAUUGAAGAAAUGGAUUUCGAAACUGGUCGAAGAGAAUUAGAUGAAAUGGACGCUUUUGAAAGGUCAAAGAAUGUUGAACCUACUACUGCAUUUGGAAAGUUUUGGGCUUGGCUAAUGUGAUUUUUUUCACUGGAGGGAAAUGUAGGGUCAAUUACUUGGGUUGUUUAGCUGUUCAUCUUGUAUUUAUCUUUCAUUUCUUCUUAUCACUGUUUGUUUUGUUUUGGGAAAAAAGACUUUCGGUUGGUUCAUUUGUAUCUUUUAUGCACAUUGUUUUUUCUCUAUAUAUUUGUAUAUUUAUGAAGUUGAAUCAAUCUUGGAAAGAAAUCAAAAAAGUAUCAAAUGU